AAAACUCAAACUGUUCGCUUCCGUAGGAAAGAAAAAGUACACGCCUUGAGCUCUUUAAAGCCUUUUGAUAAUUUGGCGUAAAUAUUGAAAUUAAAAUUGAAAAAAUUUGACAAAGAAAUACAAAUUUUUCAAUUAAGAGAAAAAUAUAAAUAGCUAGUGAAAAAUACACAAAAAGAAAAAAAAAUAAUUGUGUUUCAAUAAUAUAAAAAAGAAUUAAAAAAUAUAAACAAAAAAAUUAUUUUGCUGAAAAAAGUGAUUAUAUUUUUUUAUAUCAAAAAAAUUAAAAAUCAAAAUGUCGUGCAGUAAAAUCUUCUCCACCCUUGCCGGUCUCUUGUUUGUUUUUUUGGUGCUGUGCAGUUUUAGCAGCAGUCAAGCGGCUGUGUUUACACAACGGGCCAUAAUCAAUCCUGCACAUCCCGGUAGAUGUUUUGAUAAAUUCACCCAUCGUGCCAUGCUGCCCAACAAGGAAUACAAACCCAAAGGCAUUUGUGCAGCCUUGACUUGUGAUCUGGAACAUCAGACCAUUAACAUUGAGACAUGUCCCUACAUUGAGAUGCCCGGCUGUGAGGAAUUGCCGGCCGAUCCAUCGUGGAGUUUUCCCAAGUGUUGUCCCCAGUUUAAGUGUACCGAUUUUAAGACAGGCAAGGAAUUUGUUGUGUCGCUGUAAGCCAAUCGACCAAC